AAAAAAAGGAUGAAGAAAAAACUUUGCGACGAUGGCUGAGAAGGGACCACAUCAAGAAUCGGGCUCAUCAUUGCCUGGAUAUUCGGAUGAAAUACGUCGAAUGAUUGAUAUGCAGAUAGGAAAUGAUAUCAAAAAGCUCUCUGUUACCGAAGAUAUGCUUAAGGAUGCACUUGAGGAAAAGGCAAGGAUAGAACAAGAGUUGUCCACAGCUAGCACCGAAGCCCCAUCAAGAAUACAGAGUGCCCUCAUUGAGGCCACUGCAGCUACAGAACGCUUGGAUGACCUUGCGGCAGAUUACAAACAAACUCGACGUCUGGUAACAAGUCAUGUGACCCAGGCUGAGCCAAUGGUGACACACCUAGUAGGUCUGACCAGUCAAAUACAGGAGUUGGAGAGGUGCAUGGAAUACUUGAAAUGGAUGGCUAUGGUGGAAGAGUUAAGCACUGAAAUCCAAGGAUCUCUCCUGGUCAACUCAGCCCCAUUUGCCUUGUUUCACAGCUCUGCAGUCCAGCAAUCUCUUUCGGCCAAUGCCAUGCCCAGCGCGGUAGAACACUUUGCUAAACUAGCCAAGGUCAGCCAUGCUCUUCAAGGGUCAGCCUGUUAUAAUCUGGUAGAUUUUGUCGACAGGACAGUUCUCUUCUGGUACAAGAUCUUAAAGGAAAAACUAGCAAGUGAGUUUGAGGAGGUCUUGAAGCUACUUGGAUGGCCCUUUGUGACAUCUACGGCUCCUGUACCAGCAGCUAACCAGUCUGAACUCAGUGCAAAACUCAAGAUAUUGCUAUCACAACUCAUCAAGCUACAACUACCAGAAGGUUUGGCAGCUGAAGAUACGACAUCCCAAGAUUACCUCAUCAUUCCAGGAUCGACUCCUCUACUCUUACCUCUACAGUUACUCCUACAACCACUCAAGAAACGAUUCAAAUAUCAUUUCUACGGCAAGAAACUCACCAACAGCAUUGAUAAGCCCGAGUGGUAUUUCACCCAGAUAUUGAAUUGGAUCAGAGACCACUCAGAGUUUCUUCAGAAUAAUAUUCAACCGAUAUUAGAUGAAGACUUAACACUCAACAUAGAGGCAAGGACUGAGUUUACUCGAGGUCUCCUUCACAUAGUGGCUGCCAAACUCAAACAUGACAUUCCAGAGCUUCUAUUUGAUGAUCAGUUACUGUGCCACACCAUUGAUGAAUUACUGCUAUUUGACAAAGAACUACGGAACUCUUAUCACUAUCCACACAGCCAACCUGGAUGCUUGCAUAUACUCACUGAGCAGGCCUGCUUUGAUAAAUGGAUCGCUAUAGAGAGACAGUUUGCUGGUCAGAAGCUUGACACUCUGUUCUCUUCGUCAUCGGCAUGGCAGUCACAGUAUAAGGAUAUGAUGGAAGCAGAUGAAUCAAAGGUUCCAGAGUGUGUAGAAUCAUUCAUGACAUUAUUACUUGUGAUAACAGAACGGUACAAGGUGCUACCAUCUCCAUCCCACCAUCUAAGGUUCCUUGACCUUCAAAUUGACCUCUUGGAUGACUUCCGGGUCAGGUUAUUGCAGGUCAUGCGCCAGGAAGCAUCCAAUCCGCUAGGAGAUCACUACGCCUCCAUUUUGAAUGGUGUUCAUUAUAUCAUCACGGUGCUCGGAGAAUGGUCAGAGCAAGUGUUCUUUCUUCAGCUACAGUACUUUGGGAAGGAGCAAUCUCGUAUGGAAAGUCUUAAUGCUCAGUUAGCAGAAGGAAAGUCACCUAGCUUACCGACGUUACUUGAUGGCAGCCCAACUGAAGCCCUCUCAGGAACGGUCUUUGAUGAGAUCCUCUCUUUAUUUGAACUUCUAUGCCAAGAUAUGUGCUCUACAAUAGAGAAGAGAGUCGUCAAUGAAAUCAAAGACAAGGCCAGAGCUUAUCAGAAAGAAAAGUAA